AAGAAAAGAAAAAAGAAAAAAGAAAUCAAAGGAGCGCUUAUUAUAUGAUAAUCCGCCAACCUCUCGGACGGGAUUUCUCGGGAAGAGACAAAGGUUUUAAAUCUCAAAUUGACAAGAUACCUGCGAGAAUAAAGGAUUAUUCUUUCGGAGAUGGGAUCUACCUUCAAGGUCCCCACCUGCUGGGCACCGUAAUGGUGCUCCCCGCCCCAGCUGAGCCCCUCGUUGCCCUCUGAAGAAGCAGGAUGACAAGAUGGCACAACUGCUUGUACCGCCCGGACCUGACAGCUUCCGCCCCUUCGUCCCCGAGUCGCUGGCCGCCAUCGAGAGGCGCAUCGCCGAGGAGGAGGCCCGGAGACCACGGGCGGAUCGCCGCAGUGACAGUGAUGAUGAAAACGGUCCAAAGCCCAACAGUGACCUGGAGGCAGGGAAAUCUCUCCCCUUCAUCUAUGGGGACACCCCAUCCCAACUGGUGUCCACCCCUCUGGAGGACUUGGACCCCUUCUACAGCAAUCAGAAGACCUUCAUAGUAUUGAAUCGCGGGAAGGCAAUCUUCCGUUUCAACGCCACUCCUGCCUUGUACAUCUUAAGCCCCUUCAACCCUCUAAGGAGGAUAGCUAUUAGAGUUUUAGUACACUCGUUGUUCAGCAUGUUGAUCAUGUUCACCAUCCUGACCAACUGUGCUUUCAUGACCCUCAGUAACCCCCCGGAAUGGGCCAAGAAUGUAGAGUACACAUUCACAGGGAUUUACACCUUCGAGUCCCUUAUAAAAAUCCUGGCCAGGGGCUUCUGCGUGGGGAAGUUCACUUUCCUCCGGGACCCAUGGAACUGGCUGGAUUUCAGUGUUAUCCUCAUGGCGUAUAUAACAGAGUUUGUAAACCUAGGCAAUGUUUCAGCUCUGCGCACAUUCAGAGUUUUGCGAGCUUUGAAAACUAUCUCAGUAAUACCAGGCUUGAAGACCAUCGUCGGCGCCCUGAUCCAGUCGGUGAAAAAGCUGUCGGACGUGAUGAUCCUCACCGUGUUCUGCCUCAGCGUCUUCGCCCUCAUCGGCCUGCAGCUCUUCAUGGGCAACCUGAGGCAGAAGUGCGUGCGUAAACCGCUCUUCACCAACAGCAGCAAUAUCACCGCCGACGAUAUGAUGUUUUUCAACGGCACCCUGAUGGAAAGCAACAGCACGUUUGAGCAGAACGGCACAGAGAACGCCUUCAACUGGACAGAGUACAUCAGCGACGAGAAUAAUUAUUAUUACCUCCCUGGCCGUAGGGACGCUCUGCUCUGCGGGAAUGCCAGUGGCGCUGGGCUCUGUCCAGAGGGCUUCCUGUGUUUGAAAGCAGGUCGUAAUCCAGAUUACGGCUACACCAGCUUCGACACCUUCAGCUGGGCCUUCCUCUCUCUGUUCCGACUCAUGACCCAGGACUUCUGGGAAAACCUCUACCAGCAGACUUUGCGCGUGGCGGGGAAACCCUACAUGAUCUUCUUUGUGCUGGUGAUCUUUCUGGGCUCCUUCUACCUGGUCAACCUGAUCCUGGCCGUGGUGGCCAUGGCGUACGACGAGCAGAACCAGGCGACCAUCGAGGAGGCCCAGCAGAAGGAGGAGGAGUUCCAGGCCAUGCUGGAGCAGCUGAAGAGACAGCAGGAGGAGGCACAGGUUGCCGCAGCAGCAGCCACGGAGAGCGGAGAGUACAGCGGGCGAGGGGGCCCCACCUCCGAGUCCUCCUCGGGGACGUCUAAGCUCAGCUCCAAGAGCGCCAAGGAGCGACGCAACAGGCGGAAGAAGAGGAAGCAGAGGGAGGAGGAGGAGGAGAGGGGGGCACUUAAGUUCCACAAGUCUGAGUCUGAGGACAGCAUCAAGAGGUCGAGCUUCCGCUUCUCAAUCGAUGCCAACCGGCUUUCUUAUGAGAAGAGAUGCUCCUCGCCCAACCAGUCUCUGCUCAGUAUCCGCGGAUCCCUCCUCUCUCCUCGGAGGAACAGCCGUGCCAGCUUGUUCAGCUUCCGCGGCCGGGCGCGCGACAUGGGCUCCGAGAACGACUUCGCCGACGACGAGCACAGCACCUUCGAGGAGAGCGACAGCCGGCGGGGUUCCCUGUUCCUGCCGCGCCGCCUCGAGCGCCGCUCCAGCGCCGUCAGCCAGACGAGCCUCGGGGCGCCGCGGAUCAUACUGCCUGCCAACGGCAAGAUGCACUGCACUGUAGACUGCAAUGGUGUGGUUUCUCUAGUCGGUGGAACGUCCGUAACAACCUCCCCUGUAGGUCUCCUGCUGCCUGAGGGAACAACGACAGAUACUGAGCUGAAGAAACGUCGGUCAGGUUUUCACCAGCCGUCCAUGGAUUAUCUGGAUGAACCAGGGGGCCGGCAGAGAGCCAUGAGUGUGGCCAGUAUCCUCACCAACACCAUGGAAGAGCUUGAGGAGUCGAGACAGAAGUGCCCCCCCUGCUGGUACAGAUUUGCCAACACCUGUCUGAUCUGGGAUUGUUGUCCAGCAUGGCUGAAAAUCAAGGAGGUGGUGAACAUGGUGGUCAUGGACCCAUUUGUGGAUCUGGCCAUCACAAUCUGCAUCGUCCUCAACACCCUUUUCAUGGCCAUGGAGCAUUACCCCAUGACGAAAGAAUUCGACACUGUCCUCUCAGUCGGAAACCUGGUGUUCACGGGCAUCUUCACAGCAGAGAUGUGCUUCAAGAUCAUCGCCCUGGAUCCCUACUACUACUUCCAGGAGGGCUGGAACAUCUUUGACGGCAUCAUUGUUAGUCUCAGUUUGAUGGAGCUCGGCCUGGCCAACGUAGAAGGCCUGUCUGUGCUCAGGUCCUUCAGACUGCUGAGGGUUUUCAAACUGGCCAAGUCAUGGCCCACUUUGAACAUGCUGAUCAAGAUCAUCGGCAACUCGGUGGGCGCUCUGGGGAACCUGACUCUGGUGCUGGCCAUCAUCGUCUUUAUCUUCGCCGUGGUCGGCAUGCAGCUGUUCGGCAAGAGCUACAAGGAGUGUGUGUGUAAGAUCUCCGACGAGUGUGAGCUGCCUCGCUGGCACAUGCACGAUUUCUUCCACUCCUUCCUCAUUGUGUUCCGGGUGCUGUGCGGAGAGUGGAUCGAGACCAUGUGGGACUGCAUGGAGGUGGCGGGACAGUCGAUGUGCCUGAUCGUCUUCAUGAUGGUCAUGGUCAUUGGAAACCUGGUGGUUUUAAACCUGUUCCUCGCUCUCCUCCUGAGCUCCUUCAGCGCCGACAACCUGGCGGCAACCGACGACGACAGCGAGAUGAACAACCUGCAGAUCGCCGUGGGCCGCAUCCAGCGUGGCAUCGCAUUCGUCAAAGCCACGGUGCGGCAGUUCCUCCAGAGCCUCUGCUUUGGAGGAGCCGGUAAGGGAUCCGGUCUGGCCGAGGAGAGCAAACCCUUAGACGAACUGCACAGCAACGGCAAGGGCAACUGCAUCUCCAAUCACACUUCAGUGGAGAUCACCAAAGACCCCGGUGGGGUGUACAUGACGGAGGGCAAUGGACGGCCUGGAGGAGGGCUGGUGGUAGGGGUCAGGGCUGGUGGGGACACUACGGUGAAGUACCCCAUAGAGGAAAGCGACUACAUGUCAUUUAUUCAUAACCCCAGCCUCACAGUGACGGUGCCCAUCGCUGUGGGCGAGUCAGACUUUGAGAACCUGAACACAGAAGAUUUCAGCAGCGACUCGUCGGACGUAGAGGGCAGCAAAGAGAAGCUCGACGCAGAGCCCCAACCUCUGAGCUCAUCGGAGGGGAGCACAGUUGAUAUUCGCCCCCCAGGAGAUGGGGUUGACUCAGUGGAGCUCGAGCCGGAGGAGUCACUGGACCCAGAGGCCUGCUUCACCGAGGGCUGUGUGCGCAGGUUCCAGUGCUGCCAGAUCAACGAGGAGGGCAGCAAUUAUAAGAGCUGGUGGACGCUCAGGAAGACCUGCUUCAUCAUAGUGGAGCACAACUGGUUUGAAUCCUUCAUCAUAUUCAUGAUCCUGCUCAGCAGUGGAGCUCUGGCGUUCGAGGACAUUUACAUCGAGCAGCGGAGGACCAUCAAAACAAUGCUGGAGUACUCGGACAAGGUCUUCACUUACGUCUUCAUUCUGGAAAUGCUAUUGAAGUGGGUGGCGUACGGCUUCGUCAAGUACUUCACCAACGCCUGGUGCUGGCUCGACUUCCUCAUUGUAGACGUGUCCCUGGUCAGCCUCGUAGCCAACGCUCUGGGCUACUCCGAGCUUAGCGCUAUCAAAUCUCUGAGGACGCUGCGAGCCCUGCGGCCCCUGAGGGCCCUGUCUCGGUUUGAGGGCAUGAGGGUUGUGGUGAACGCGCUGCUGGGGGCCAUCCCCUCCAUCAUGAACGUGCUGUUGGUCUGCCUCAUCUUCUGGCUCAUCUUCAGCAUCAUGGGUGUCAACCUGUUUGCAGGGAAGUACUACCGCUGCGUCAACACCACGUCGGACGAGAUCUUACCCAUCAGCAUCGUCAACAACAAGUCCGAAUGCAUGAGCUUGGUCAACGACAGCGCCCGCUGGAAGAAUGUCAAAAUCAACUUUGACAACGUCGGUGCCGGCUACCUGGCUCUGUUGCAAGUCGCGACGUUUAAGGGUUGGAUGGACAUCAUGUACGCAGCCGUGGACUCUCGAAAUUUGGAGGACCAGCCUAAAUAUGAAGUGAACCUGUACAUGUACCUCUACUUUGUCAUCUUCAUCAUCUUCGGCUCCUUCUUCACCCUCAACCUGUUCAUUGGUGUCAUCAUCGACAACUUCAACCAGCAGAAGAAGAAGUUCGGAGGUCAGGACAUCUUCAUGACAGAAGAACAGAAGAAAUACUACAACGCCAUGAAGAAGCUGGGCUCCAAGAAACCUCAAAAACCUAUCCCUCGGCCGACAAAUGCAUUUCAAGGCUGCGUGUUUGACUUCAUCACGAAGCAGGCGUUCGACAUCGUGAUCAUGAUCCUCAUCUGCCUCAACAUGGUGACCAUGAUGGUGGAGACGGACGACCAGACGCCGGACAUGGACAAAAUCCUCUACUGGAUCAACCUGGUCUUCAUCGUGCUCUUCACCGGGGAGUGUGUGCUGAAGAUGAUCUCCCUGCGUCACUAUUACUUCACCAUCGGCUGGAAUAUAUUUGACUUUGUGGUGGUGAUCCUGUCCAUCGUAGGAAUGUUUUUAUCCGAGCUCAUCGAGAAAUACUUUGUGUCCCCGACGCUGUUCCGAGUGAUCCGCCUGGCCAGAAUAGGCCGAAUCCUCCGUCUUAUCAAAGGCGCCAAGGGCAUCCGGACGCUUCUCUUCGCCUUGAUGAUGUCACUCCCCGCCCUGUUCAACAUUGGUCUCCUCCUCUUUCUGGUCAUGUUCAUCUACGCCAUCUUUGGCAUGUCCAACUUCGCCUACGUCAAGCGCGAGGCGGGAAUCGAUGACAUGUUCAAUUUCGAGACGUUCGGGAACAGUAUGAUUUGUUUGUUUCAGAUUACCACCUCAGGCGGGUGGGACGGCCUGCUGGCGCCCAUACUGAACAAGAGGGAGCCCGACUGUGACAGCCAGAUGGAGCACCCGGGCAACUCCUACAAAGGCAACUGUGGCAACCCAUCAGUGGGCAUCUUCUUCUUCGUCAGCUACAUCAUCAUCUGCUUCCUCAUUGUGGUCAACAUGUACAUCGCCGUCAUCCUGGAGAACUUCAGCGUGGCUACGGAGGAGAGCGCCGAGCCGCUGAGCGAGGACGACUUUGAGAUGUUCUACGAAGUGUGGGAGCGCUUCGACCCAGACGCCACUCAGUUCAUGGAGUACAGCAAGCUUUCUGACUUUGCAGAUGCUCUAGAUCCGCCGCUGCGCAUGCCCAAGCCGAACAUGAUCCAGCUCAUCUCCAUGGACCUGCCCAUGGUCAGCGGCGAGCGCAUCCACUGCCUCGACAUCCUGUUCGCCUUCACCAAGCGAGUGUUGGGUGAAGGCGGCGAGAUGGACGUGUUGCGCGGGCAGAUGGAGGAGCGCUUCAUGGCCUCUAACCCCUCCAAGGUGUCUUACGAGCCCAUCACCACCACCCUCCGCCGCAAACAAGAGGACAUGUCGGCCGUCAUCAUCCAGAGAGCGUUCCGCCGCUACAUGAUCCGUCUAGCCAUGAAGAAGGCCUCCGCCCUCUACAAGGAGCGGCUGAAGGAGGGCGUCCGCGACCCGGACAAGGACGUGAUGGUCAUCAGCAAGUUCACUGAGAACUCCACCUCGGACAAAACGGACAUGACCCCCUCCACAGCCUCGCCGCCCUCCUACAACAGUGUGACGAAAUCAGACAAGGACAAAUACGAGAAAGAGAAUAGGGAAAAAGAAAACAAAGGCAAAGACUUGAAAGAGCGAAAGAAAUAGACUUUUUAAAAAGGAACAAAAAAAAAUAAAAUGCAUCAGAGACAUGAGGGAAAUUUGUUUACAGCUUCUAACUGGGGGGGGGUAGAUACAGUAGAUGUACGCUUGUGUGCUGAUUGUUAAGAGCUGAGGAAUGCUGUGCCAGGUAGGCCUAAAGUUAGAGUGUGGUUAUGUCAUUGAUGAAUAUGUGGGGUCUUCUCACGGGGAAACAAGUAAUCCAGCAGACACUGCCAGAGAUCGAGUGGAACUUGGAAAAGCCUCUCUGCAAAACGCUUGUGAUUUUCCUAUUGGUUGUUGUUACUAUCUGACACACUGUACUGUGUGCACUGUUAAGUUGUCUGUAGCUAGUGCUGCUGCUACUACUAUAAAUCCAGUGUCUUGAAUUUAACAAUCGCUGUAUCACAAGUACUCUGCAUUUUCUUUUUUGGUUCAUUUAUUUUGGUUACGACGUUUCUUUUUUUAUGAGAAAGAAUGUUUUCUACUUUUUUGUGUCCUUAUCGUGCGGAUGUGUCCGCAGCUUUCACUGUUGUAAAAUCACCAAGGGCAGAGAAGAGUCGAUGCUGGAAACGUACAACAACCAUUUGAAACCAGCACAAUGCAGGGUCAGUGCCAGAGCGCUCUUCGGUCACACAGUAUAUACGAGGCUGAACCAACAAACAUACCGCUGAAUUACAAUGGACAAAUACAUUCUUUUCACUGGUGUGCCAUCAGUGGUUGUUCAAAUCUGUGCUGUGCUUCUAUCUGGACUGCCAUCGCCCCACUUCAGUAGAAAACACAAGUCUCUCAGUGCAGAGAAGCUGAAUGUAUGCAAGCUGAAGGAAUGAGAUACUCUUAAAGGAAAGGUUUGAUAUUUUUGGGAAAUUCUUACGAUGCUCAGUAGCAACUGAAUUAGAUGAGAAGAUUGAUAUCACGCUCAUGCAGCUAGAAGCAGCAGACCAGUAGCUUAACUCUGCGUUAACACUGAGCUAGCCUGGAUAAUGCUACAGCUGCUAGCACCUUUAAAGUUUACUAAUUAUCAUAUCUUGUUUUGCUUUUUUAAACCAUAGACAAACAAAAAUG